AUGGUUCACUCGUCUGCGUCUUCGAACAAGGCUCGACCUCGAUGCCCACUACAGGAACAGCUCCUGCAGAGAAGAAACUCGAGGGAGAAUUUGGAUCGGUUCAUACCUAAUAGAUCGGCCAUGGAUUUUGAUUAUGCGCAUUACAUGCUUACGGAAGGUAAGAAAGGUAAGGAAAAUCCCGUAAGCUCUUCUCCUUCUAGGGAGGCAUACAGGAAGCAUCUUGCUGAGACCUUCAACAUGAACCGCACCCGAAUUCUAGCUUUCAAGAAUAAGCCUCCAACACCAAUAGAGGCCAUCCCAAAUGACAUCUCAUUGGCCACUCACCAAGUCAAGCCCACUAAACCCCGUCGGCACAUUCCCCAGACUUCGGAGAGGACGCUAGAUGCCCCUGAGAUUUUGGACGACUACUAUCUGAAUUUACUGGAUUGGGGCAAUAGUAAUGUUCUUUCGAUUGCUCUUGGAAACACUGUGUAUUUGUGGGAUGCUUCAGAUGGGAGUACCUCGGAGCUUGUUGUUAUCAAUGAGGAAAGUGGGCCAGUGACCAGUGUGAAAUGGGCUCCUGACGGUAGGCACAUUGCUGUUGGUCUGAACAACUCCGAGGUCCAGCUGUGGGACUCGACUGCUAAUAGACUGCUGAGAACUCUGAAAGGCGGCCAUACAUCCCGUGUGGGUGCACUCGACUGGAACGGCCACAUCCUGACAACUGGUGGAAUGGACGGCCGCAUCAUAAACAACGACGUGCGCGUGCGGGCCCACAUAGCCGAUACCUACAUCGGGCAUCGUCAGGAGGUUUGUGGGCUCAAGUGGUCGGGCUCGGGCCAGCAGCUAGCCAGCGGUGGCAAUGACAAUCUCCUUCACAUAUGGGACCGUUCUGUGGCCUCGUCAAACGGGCCCACACAGUGGCUCCACAGGCUUGAGGACCACACUGCGGCCGUAAAGGCUCUUGCUUGGUGUCCUUUUCAAGGGAACUUGUUGGCCUCAGGAGGCGGAGGAGGAGAUAGGUCUAUCAAGUUCUGGAAUACACACACAGGCGCGUGUUUGAACUCGGUGGACACGGGUUCUCAGGUGUGUGCCCUUUUGUGGAACAAAAACGAGCGGGAGCUGCUGAGUUCACACGGGUUUACUCAGAAUCAGCUUACUUUGUGGAAAUACCCGUCGAUGGUUAAGAUGGCUGAGCUCACGGGACACACAUCUAGGGUGCUUUUCAUGGCUCAGAGUCCGGAUGGAUGUACAGUUGCAUCUGCAGCUGGAGAUGAGACUCUGAGGUUUUGGAAUGUUUUUGGGACUCCUGAAGUUGCUAAACCUUCACCAAAGACAACUGCUACUACCGAGCCGUUUGCUCACUUGAAUCGCAUUAGAUAA